AUGUCCACCACUGUUCAAACUACAUUGUCAGAAGCGCCUGUAGAGGUACCCAAAUUCAAGCCUCAGCCAUCAGGCCCAAAAAGACUGUUCCGUCAAGAGGGGCUUGUGUAUGGUGAUUGGCGUGACGAUAUCAUCCGAGAUGGAUAUGUCGUGGUCAAAGGUGCCAUCCCUCGUGAUCGUGCAGAUGGCUAUGCUGAGGAGAUGAUGUCCUGGCUCGAAAACUUUGCUGGCGGACUGGGGUUCAAGCGCGAUGACCCAUCGACCGUUGUGGAAUCGAAAAUGCCCAUAAUCAACGAGAAGGGCAUGUGUCUCGGAUACGGUAUUGCACACGAAACAUUCGCUUGGUCAGUACGCCAGGAGCCUGGAGUCGUUGGAGCUUUCGAGAAGGUGUAUGAUACAAAAGACCUUAUCGUCUCCUUUGAUGCAUCAAACAUGGCAUUUCCCAACCGCAAAGAUCUCAAAGAAAACAACCCAUGGCCACAUCAGGAUCAAGAUCCGGAAAAGCCCGGUUUUCGCUGCCUACAAGGGCUGGUCAAUCUGCUGCCAAACAGCGAUAAUGACGGCGGCCUCAUCGUUUGCAAGGGUGCUCACCUUCUUAGCGAAGAGUUUCACGAGCAGUUCAAAGAUGAGCCCGAUAAGAUCUGGGCGUGGACCAAAGAAUGGUACGGUUUCACCAAAGAAGGCAUGAAGUGGUUGGAGGACAAGGGCUGCGAGUGGGUGAAGCUCAACGCUGAACCUGGUGACCUUCUCCUCUGGGACAGCCGCACACCUCAUUACAACCUUAGCCCAACAGGUGACAGACCGCGUUUCUGCAUCUACACAUGCUAUAUGCCAGUUGCCGAGGCCUCGGAAGAGGACUUAUUGCGGAAGAAGGACGCGUUUUACACUACUCAAAGUACUACUCACUGGCCCAAUGCUAGGCACGUGGGUGGCUUACCUAUUAUCCGCGACAAUGAGCCUUGUCCUUACAACACAGGGAAGCCGAGAAAGCCGGUAGAGUUAUCAAAACGAGGGUUUGAAUUGACGGGAAUUCCAUAUAUCGGGACAUUGUCAGCUUGA